UCAAAGUUUGUCUUGUUGGGAAGACUCAACAGUUAUUGGUUGACUCAAUCUUAAUUAAAGCCAUCCUUCAUAAAAUUGCCUAUCACUGAUUUGAUCAGUUCAUGAACCCUGCACUGCACUUCAAAUUACUCAUUUCCAUUCAUCCACUCAACUCCCUUUCCUACCAUGGCACUAGAAUUGGUUGGUGGUGCUCUUCUUAAUGCUUUCCUUCAGGUUGCAUUUGAGAAGCUUGCUUCUCAUCUAGUUCGGGACUUCUUUCGUGGAAGAAAGCUUGAUGAAAAGCUGCUCAACAACUUGGAAAUCAAGCUGAACUCCAUACAGGCUCUGGCUAAUGAUGCAGAACUAAAGCAGUUCAGAGAUCCACUUGUCAGAAACUGGCUUCUUAAGGUCAAAGAUGCUGUGUUUGACGCAGAGGAUAUCUUGGAUGAAAUACAACAUGAGAUCUCCAAAUGCCAGGUCGAAGCUGAAGCUGAAGCUGAGUCUCAAACCUGCACUUGCAAGGUACCAAAUUUCUUCAAAUCUUCUCCUGCUAGUUCCUUUAACAGGGAAAUUAAAUCCAGGAUGGAAGAAAUCCUUGAUAGAUUAGAACUUCUCUCAAGCCAAAAGGAUGAUCUAGGCUUGAAAAAUGCUAGUGGUGUUGGCGUUGGAUCAGAAUUGGGUAGUGCAGUACCACAGAUAUCACAAUCAACAUCUUCAGUUGUUGAAAGUGAUAUUUAUGGCAGAGAUAAAGACAAAAAAAUGAUUUUUGAUUGGCUGACAUCUGACAACGGCAAUCCUAACCAGCCAUCGAUACUUUCUAUUGUGGGCAUGGGUGGGAUGGGUAAGACCACACUUGCUCAACAUGUAUUCAAUGACCCUAGGAUCGAGAAGGCUAGAUUUGAUGUCAAAGCUUGGGUCUGUGUUUCAGAUGAUUUUGAUGCUUUCAGGGUAACAAGAACAAUUCUUGAGGCCAUCACUAAAUCGACUGAUGAUAGUAGAGACCUAGAGAUGGUUCACGGAAGAUUGAAAGAAAAAUUGACGGGGAAGAGAUUUCUUCUUGUUUUGGAUGACGUUUGGAACGAAAACCGACUUAAAUGGGAAGCUGUGCUAAAACAUCUUGUUUUUGGGGCUCAGGGGAGUAGAAUUAUUGCCACCACACGUAGUAAGGAAGUUGCUUCUACCAUGAGGUCAGAAGAACACCUCCUGGAGCAAUUACAAGAAGAUCAUUGCUGGAAGUUGUUUGCUAAACAUGCAUUCCAAGAUGAUAAUAUUCAACCAAAUCCAGAUUGCAAGAAGAUUGGUAUGAAGAUAGUUGAAAAAUGUAAAGGACUUCCUCUGGCCUUGAAAACAAUGGGAAGUCUAUUACACAACAAGUCAUCUGUUACGGAAUGGAAAAGCAUAUUGCAGAGCGAGAUAUGGGAAUUUUCCACAGAGCGUAGUGAUAUUGUACCUGCUUUAGCACUAAGCUAUCACCAUCUUCCUUCUCAUCUGAAGAGAUGUUUUGCUUAUUGUGCCUUAUUCCCCAAAGAUUAUGAGUUUGAUAAGGAGUGCUUAAUACAAUUGUGGAUGGCUGAAAAAUUUCUACAAUGUUCUCAACAGGGUAAGAGUCCAGAAGAAGUUGGUGAACAAUACUUCAAUUAUCUAUUAUCAAGGUGCUUCUUUCAACAAUCAAGCAACACAAAGAGAACACAUUUUGUCAUGCAUGACCUUCUCAACGAUUUGGCAAGAUUUAUUUGUGGGGACAUUUGUUUCAGAUUGGAUGGGAAUCAAACAAAAGGUACACCAAAAGCAACCCGUCAUUUUUUAAUUGACGUUAAAUGUUUUGAUGGGUUUGGAACUCUAUGUGACACAAAAAAGUUACGUACUUAUAUGCGAACAAGAAACAAAUAUUGGGAUUGCGAGAUGUCAAUACAUGAAUUGUUCUCCAAGUUUAAUUACUUACGUGUCUUAUCUCUGUCUGAUUGUCAUGACCUAAGAGAGGUGCCUGACUCUGUGGGUAAUCUCAAAUAUCUCCGUUCCUUAGACUUAUCCGAUACUGAAAUAGAAAAACUACCUGAAUCAAUAUGUUCACUCUACAACUUGCAAAUACUGAAGCUAAAUCGUUGUAGACAUUUGAAGGAGCUGCCCUCAAAUUUGGAUAAACUCACUGAUUUGCAUCGCCUUGAAUUAAUGUAUACUGGAGUGAGCAAGGUACCAGCACAUUUGGGAAAACUGGAGUAUCUUCAAGUAUUAAUGAGUCCGUUUGUGGUUGGCAAAAGUAGGGAGUUCGGUAUCCAGCAGCUAGGAGAACUCAAUCUUCAUGGAAGUCUAUCAAUUGAGGACCUGCGGAAUGUUGAGAAUCCCUCAGAUGCAUUGGCAGUGGAUUUAAAAAAUAAAACACACCUUCUGGAGGUAACGUUGGAAUGGGAAUUAGACAGGAACCCUGAUGAUUCAACAAAAGAAAGGGAUGAAAUUGUAAUCGAGAAUCUACAGCCUUCCAAACACUUGGAGAAGUUGAAGAUCAGGAACUAUAGGGGUAAACAAUUUCCAAGGUGGUUAUUCAACAAUUCAUUAUUGAAUGUGGUGUCCUUAACCUUGGAGUACUGUAUAUAUUGCCUAUGUUUGCCUCCCCUUGGACUUUUGCCAUUUCUGAAGGAGCUUUCAAUUGAAGGGCUUGUUGGGAUUGUGAGUAUUAAUGCUGAUUUUUUGGGGAGUAGCUCUUGUUCAUUUACAUCCUUGGAAUCUUUGGAGUUCUCCGAUAUGAGGGAAUGGGAAGAAUGGGAAUGUAAAGGUGUGACAGGUGCUUUUCCACGUCUUCAACGUCUUUCUAUAGAGCGUUGUCCCAAGCUGAAAGGUUUGCCUCCCCUUGGACUUUUGCCAUUUCUGAAGGAGCUUUCAAUUAGAUGGCUUGAUGGGAUUGUGAGUAUUAAUGCUGAUUUUUUCGGGAGUAGCUCUUGUUCAUUUACAUCCUUGGAAUCUUUGGAGUUCUUCGAUAUGAAGGAAUGGGAAGAAUGGGAAUGUAAAGGUGUGACAGGUGCUUUUCCACGUCUUCAACGUCUUUCUAUAGUGCGUUGUCCCAAUCUGAAAGGGCACUUGCCAGAGCAACUAUGUCAUUUAAAUGAUCUAAAGAUUUAUGGGUGCCAACAACUUGUACCUUCUGCUCUCAGUGCCCCUGAUAUUCAUCAAUUAUCCCUAGGAGACUGUGGAAAGCUGCAAAUUGAUCAUGGGACAACUUUGAAAGAGCUUACCAUUGAAGGUCACAACGUGGAGGCAGCCUUACUCGAACAGAUUGGGCGCAAUUACUCUUGUUCAAAUAACAAUAUUCCCAUGCACAGUUGCUAUGAUUUCCUUCUAAGCUUGGACAUCAAUGGUGGCUGCGACUCUCUAACGACCUUUCCGCUAGAUAUGUUCCCAAUACUCAGGAAGCUUGAUAUCUCGAAGUGUCCUAAUCUACAGAGGAUUUCACAGGGGCAGGCUCAUAAUCAUCUCCAGCGUCUGAGUAUGGGAGAGUGCCCCCAAUUAGAAUCAUUGCCAGAAGGAAUGCAUGUCCUCCUUCCAUCUCUUGAUGAUCUGUGGAUAGAGGAUUGUCCAAAAGUUCAAAUGUUUCCGGAAGGAGGUUUGCCAUUAAAUUUAAAAAGUAUGCGUCUCUGUGGUAGUUACAAACUUAUCUCCUUAUUGAAAAGUGCCUUGGGAGGCAAUCACUCUCUAGAAAGGUUAGAGAUUGGAGGAGUGGAUGUUGAGUGUCUUCCUGACGAAGGUGUACUGCCACACUCUCUUGUUUCUCUAGAGAUCAGGAAGUGUGGAGAUCUAAAAAGACUGGACUACAAAGGUAUCUGCCACCUCUCCUCUCUCAAGGAAUUGACUCUUUAUGAGUGCCCCAGGCUCCAAUGCUUACCAGAGGAGGGUCUGCCCAAAUCCAUUUCAUCUUUGUGGAUUUGGGGGGACUGUCAGUUGCUCAAACAACGUUGCCGGCAACCCGAAGGCGAAGACUGGCCAAAGAUUGCUCACAUUAAACGCCUGUGGUUAUCAGAUUGAAAGAGCUGUCAACCAGGAGCUAUGUUAGUACAGGAUUUCCAAAUUGGUUUGUACAUUGAAGAUUAAUCAAUAUUGGGGGAGUAAUAGUUUGUACGUCAAAAGUAUCAUCAGAAAUUCCAGCCACUGAAUGCCUCCAAAUAUUCUAGCUUUGAAUAAGGAAACUAGGAAAUUGGUGAAGGUCGUCAAACUCAAAUUUUCUUGUGUCCAUGGAAAAGAUACAUUGCACGAUGACCAAUGUCCUACUGGUGCCUUUGAAAGUCCUUGAGUGCAGGUGUUUAAUGAGAUGCAGAUUAGCUACUUGCUAUCCUGGGAGAUGCAUGCUUAUUCUAAAUUGUUUUAAACAUUAGUUUAUGUACAGCUAAAUUUGUAACAGGAUUAUGGGCAUUGCUUUUAUCAGGAAUUCACUGACUUAUUAAUUCCAGAGCUUACAUCAUGCAAGUACAUUUCUAAAAUUUCAAAUUUGUUUUCUUCUAAAACUAAUGAUCGUGAAUUCAUGAUACUUCUAACUUCUUUGGGGCUCUCUUCAGCUAUCUGAAUCCAUGUAAAUACUCUAUAAUUAUUUUCUAAACCCAAAUUUUAUUCAUGGGUGUAGACGUCUGAAUUAUUUGUCAGAUAAGAUAUUUAACAGA